GCAGCCAUGAUGAGGCAGAUGCGGAUCUUGCAAUGGGAUUUCGCCUCAUCUGCUUGAUCUACGCACGGUGGAGCAGUCUGAAGGUCAUCGUAUGAAUUAUUCGCGAUGGUAGCUCCUCCACUGGACGUCGAGCUCAUCGACAAGCUGGUGGGCAAGUGGCGGAAGCGGUCACACAAGAAGCUCGUCAUCGAAAUCACCCAGGUACGCACACAAACACUCACACAUCAUAGACGGAAUGCCAGAUCAGGCUGAUGGCAGCGCAGCGCCCCAUAUGAAUGUGUGUGUGUGUGUCGACGCAUUGCUGCAGGCCAAGGACAACCCCUCUCUGCUGUUGUUCCACGACCCCUCAGCAGCAUCCGGCUCUCUCCUCUCGUGGGGCUCUCCCACCAGGCCGGAAGGGGCGCCCAUCGAGAUCCAGACAGAUGACGACGGCGAGCCCUUUUUCCUUGUCCAAUGGGCAGAGAAGCGUUGGGGUGUGGCGAGGUUCACCCUGGGAAGCCGGGAGGACGAGAUGAUGGAGAAGAGGCAGCACCACUGGGACCGCUUUGAGAAACCCAGCAGAAUUAAGGUCCCAAUGCACCCACACCCACAAGCCACACCCAAGCCACGGAAGACUGCUCAUGAGGCCAGCACCGCCACCACCAUCGGCAGCGGCAAGGUCACAGGCGGCGGGAAGGAAUCCUCUGUGCCGUCCCCUGUGCCACAAUCCGUCCAGCUUGUGGAUGACGACGUCGAAGGAAGCGCAGACGGAGGAGAGGACGAGGAGGAGGAUGGAUCGCCGCUGCUCGAGCCGCCCACCGACGAGCCAAGCGAGGCUCCCUUGUGGCGUGACGCGGUAUUUCAGGCCGCAUAUGGGCUGGCGGAUGAUGCAGCCGAGCCGCUGGGUCCGUCAGAGGCACUCCAGCAAGCCGUCCAGGCUCUUGAAUUCGCCAGUGAGUCGUACACGCAUCUCGCAACGGCCCUCCCGGCCCCCUACGCAGAGGAUGCAGACGGCGUGGCCGGGCGAGUGCAGCCUUUCAUUACCAGUGUCAGCGGCGAGCUGCGGCAGGUCCUCGACAGCUGCCGGUCCCUGACGUCGAGACUGCUGCCGGUCAUCUCGGCGGGGGCGAAGCACCACACGGCCUUCUACACUUACGUGGUAGAAGUAGUGGCCCGUCUGCGACAGCUGGCCAGUGGGGGCAAGGGAGGCAUCUUGGUGGCGCCUGUUGGCUGGCUGGCCAAGGGAGAGUCGGCUGACAGCGAUGAUGCUUCGGUGAGGCUGGUGUAUCUCGUCAUCACCAAGGCCGACAACUCACAAGGCCCCCCGAACGAGAGCUUCUUCGACGUGUCGGUCAUCAGCUCGUGCGACAGCGCCCUUGGCUACCACCCCGUCACCGCUGAGGCGACACCAGCAACAGCACAGCUGCUCUACCUCACCCCUCUGCCGUUGAGGCACAUCAAAGCCGAGCGGCUCAUCGACGGCAACUUUUGGACUUUAGUGCUGCGGCUGCUGGUGCAUCCACAGCCAGACGAGGAGCAGGCGCGUAUCCUCUAUGACAUCCUCCUCCCAUCCGCCACACACACACCCGGCCUCUACAGCAGCGAGCACGGCAAAGACGAGGCACUCCUCUCCUGGUCACCCCCACCGCCCGUCAAGGACGACCCCACCAACACCCACCUGACCACGCUGCUGGUGCGCGAGACCCUCUUGGCUCUCGGCCUGACGAGGCAGGAGGCCGCACACCUUUCCUGCAUCAACGCAUGGGCCAUGUGCGAGCGGCUCACACAGGACAUCACCAAGCACUCAGUGACGCCGAGAGACGCCGCUCUGCUCAGCCAGGCCGCUCGGCACAUCGCUGUAGGUGUGGCAAAGGCCACCCAGCAGUCGACAACGGAUGGGGGGCAUCACACACGGUGCAGAAUCCCACUGGAGGGCCGGCACCUGGCUGCACUGCACGGAGCGCUCGAGCGGCUGAAUGACUAUGUCGAGCAGCGGUCUCUGCACCGGACGGAGAGGCGCGUGCUGGGAGGGCCGACAGUGAGGGCGGACGACGGGUGCAGUGACGUACGUGUGGCCGGCUGGGAGGAGUUCGACCUGAUGGGCGGCUUUCGGCGUGACGAAGACGUCGACAAGCUGGCUGGCGAGGCGAAGGACCCCCCCGUGCUGGUGCCUGUGCAGCUGACAGACAUCCCUGAGAAGGUGGGUGAAACAAAGGACACCCACACCCGCGGCCUCGUCUCUGUAUGUAUGUUUGUGUGCAUCCUUGUCUGCUGGCUACUUCAGGUGGUGACCUUCGCUGACGUGUCCACAACACUGCGCAAAUGCGUCCGCGUGUGCACGCUGCUGGCCAACCAGCGGUGUGACAUCGACAAUUCGGCUGCAUUCCGUCUGGCAUUGAUCCAGCACCUCGUCACCAAGGUGCUGCCCGUUCCGUUGCCCCUAAGCGCCCCGGAUCGUCCGGCCAAGUGUUUCUGGGCGUCACAGCAGAUCACCAGAGCGGUGCAGCACGAUAUCCUGCGGUGAGUUGGCUAUGCUACUGAUGCACUGAAUGAGGUGCAUUGCUGUCUCGUGUCGUGUGGGAGGUGCUGCAGCCACUUGCACCUGAUCGGCCUGCAUCUCGUCACCGCGUCUCUUUCAGUCAUCCCAUCACGGUGACCAACCACCCCAGAAAGCUCCUCCAAUCAACCAGUGCACCCAUCGAUGUGCUCUUCCUUCAUUGGCUCGUUCGUCAGGCCCAUCGAUGCGUCUCGGCUCACAUCGCUGGCCGCCCUGGCCACACUGGCCGACGCCACCGUGCGGUUGAUGGCCACCGACGACCCGUCAGGUCUCUCCCGCCACUACGGCGGCUACCCCGACGGCCGUCCCUUCUGGUUCGACCUGACCGAGUUCGCCUCAGAGAGCGAGUACUUCAUGUACGCCGAGCCGCACCUCGCCAUUGUGCGCUGGCAGGUGAGAGACCUUACCUGACCCAAACACACACACACACACACACCACGUGUAUGUGUGUGGAGUGUGCGCUGGUGCGUGCAGGUGCUGGAGUACCUGACAGAGCUCAAGGGGCUGUCGGCUACGUCGUCCGUUGGGAAGCAGCUGUUUCGUUUUGAGGAUGGGAUGGCGUUCGACACGGGCACAGCGGAGCUGCUGAACCGGCUGGCAGUCGACACGGCCUUCUCAACCGAUGAGACCGAUCUCGCUCAGUACUACACGGGCGAGAAAGGCGGCAUUGCGACCCUUUUCCCAGAGCUAGGAUACCUCCGCGACCUGGUGAGUGAGUGGGAUUCACACACAGAUGACCCUGUGGUCAUCUGUCAUCUGUCCUCACACGUGUCUGCCGGCCUUCUGCAGGUGUUUUAUUUCAAGGCUCUCCUCAACCCCACCAGCGACCAGCUGCCCGCCAUCCGGUCGUGGGACCCCGAAUCGGCCGCCAUCCAGUGGUCCUACACACACGCCAACAAACAGGGCAAGCUCGCCGCCUUCGCAUUCGACAAGUCCCUCGAGUGCGCCAGAUUUCAGAAGGACGACUACUACGAGAGGAGGUCGUCAGUGUGGUCCCGGAUGUGGGAGUGGGUGGGGCUUGGGAAGGCACCCCGUGUGCCGCCGAGCAAGGCAGACCCGGCGACGCUGCUGCCCAAGCCGCAGAAGAUCGAGAGUGAAGACGAUCUGCUGCAUGUGAGGGAUAUGCCGACGUUUGGUGGCGAGGCCGGGCAGAAAGGCGGGCUGAUUGGGGAGGCCCUGUCGGAGCAGCUGCUGAGCUUCCUCACGGUACCGUAUCUGCGCAUUCCCCUCGUCAUGACGUUCCUGGCCGACGCGGGCAGAGUGGACGCACUCACCGACGCAAAUCUGCAGGUGUGAAGACAACACACUUUCCCACACACAUAAUAUGGAUGGUUGCAAGCCUGAUGUGUACUGUCUCCCUCUUUGCGUGUAUCUGUGCAUCAUCAGGGUGUGGUCGCAGCGGCCUUAUUCGAACCGGGCGGCUGGUGCUCCUCAUCUAACCCCUCUCCCCCCACCCAGGUGCCCACCCUCUCCGCUGCACACAUCGCCACGCCGCUCGGCCUGCUGCUCAACGAACUCACACACAGCCCCGCCACGACACUCACAGCCAUCGACAGGCUGCUCCAACUCGCCAUGGACAAAGACACCGGCAGAUACAAGAGCCCCGCGUGCCGUCUGCUGCUGUUCGUCGUGCGCAUCAUGGCGAGGGUCUUGGCGUUUGUCAAGGUGGUGAGAGAGCGGAAUCGAGAGGGCAAGAACGACGGCCUGCUGGCCGAGUGGGAGAAGAGGGCGACAGAGCAGCUGACAGGGGUGGUGGCGAGGCUGCUGGCGGCUCUUGCGUUCCGGGCGGUGCAGGACCAGCAGAUGGGAUAUGCCUGUGCGAUCCACGCGCACCUCGUCUUGAUCUUUUGCCGAGAGAUGGGUGACGCCCCAUCUGUGGCAGCCUUUGUCAGCAGCCUGGUCUUCGUCAUGACCCACCACCGGUUGAGCAUCGACGUGGCCGAGGGCAGCACCGUCAAGCGCGCUGCAGUAUCAUCGGACGAGGACGCCGCCGCGUCUCUCAUGGGGCUGCCCGAGUGGGAGCUGAUCGAGGUGUUCCAGACAUCUCGCCACUCCCUCAUCGCUUUCAUGAAGACCAAUCCCACUCACCGCAACACAAUCCUCGAGCAAUGCGUGCAGCUGGUCAGCUUCGCCUCUGGCGGCCCUCUGCUGGCCGACGCCGGCAGCAGCAGCAGCGACGCCGGGGCACGCUCCUGGGUCCAGCCGCUCAUCCCUACACACUGGGAAGGCCGAUUCGUCCCGCAGAACGAGCUGCCUCCUGCUGUCCGCGAAGGCCGUGUGGACGUCGCAAUGCAGGGUGGCUCGUACGAGUCUUGGCUCAAGCAGCGGGUUGGCCGGCUGUCCGACUCUGAGAUGAACCUGCAGUUGGGCGACUUCUCUCUCCGCAGUCAGCAGAUGAAGCUGCUGGGGCCGUGGGUGAACUCGUUUGCCGAUUUCCGCGCACUGUUCGGCGGUGUGGGGGCUGACAAGGCGUUCCAGUGCGCCGAGGUGCGGCGUGCCACCAAGCGGCUGACACUGCAGCUGGUGGCCGAACGAUACACUCUGGAGGUGGGACAGACAGACAGAGGAAGGGAGAGAAAUGUGUGGAUGUCCCUGCUGUGUGUGGUUCAUUCAGAAAUGGCGUGCCCCUGACGGCCCGGCCAGCUUGCCCAGUGGCUUCAAGAAGAGGUACCGUGUUGGUGGCCGUGGCCUGACGGCGGCACACAGAUGGGCACUGCCACUGCUGGACCCCUUUAUCAAACGAUACCUCACAAGUAGGUCGUCGAGUCAACCAACAAAGAGAGACCAGACCCCCUUUGAUCAACCUACCUUAUGUGUGCGUGCAGACCUCCCGGUGUAUCUCUCAUCCGAUCAUGUGUCCGACCCCACCACUCUCCGGCUCGCCUUCCUCGCCACCCACACCACCACACACAAGGACGCCCGGGGCAACACGCACAAGACCACACACACCCGCCUGCGCGAGAUCCACCUCAAGCACACCCACGACGACAGGUCUCCCUUCCUGGAGCUCUAUGACGUGCAGGAGUGCGGCCGCCGUCACUACCGCUCGCUGGUGUACUCGACCAACGCGUCCAUGACGCUUCACAACCCCUCACCAGUGGCCAUCUUUCACAGCGGUCGGUACCCAGUGCUGCAGGGGGGUCUGCCCGCGCCAGUGGUGCCGAAGAGUGACGAGAGCCUGGUGAUCCAGCGGACUGUGGGGGAUGUGGUGCAGGAAUACGUCCCACCGAGGUUCCUGGCUGGUACGCACAGGGGGAGAAAGAUCGCCACCGUAUGCGCACAAAGGUGCCUUGGUGUCCCAUUUCAGGUUUGCUGCCGAGUGCCCUGAUCGAGGCAUACGAGUUCUGGCAGAAGGUGGGGCAGGGGGUCAAGGAGCUCAUCGGCUACCAGCUCCCGCACAGCAGAGAACGCUCCCGCACUCCGUCGAUCCUACUCGUGACCGUCCAUCCCUCACACACACACGCCUUCCGCUCCACGGCCACCGUCACGCGCCACACGACCACUCUGCCCCCGGCCGGCCACCUGGGGAUGGACCCAGCAGCUUCUCGGGCAAUCGAUGGCCGCCCACUUGUGUGGGAUGAGAUUGACAGAGAGGGGGAGGCGAUGGUGCUGAUGAACGCGCAGAGGGUGAUAGGUGGCCGGGAUGACUGCCCGCUGAAGCGGCUGCUGAUGGUCGUGAUGCGCCUGGAGAACCUGUCGCACGUGCUGGUGUGGCGGGAGAAAGCCGGUGGGGCGUAUGUGGUGGAGAUGCCGCGAGUGGACCUGACUUUCACGGGCAGCGGGGAUGGCAAUGGGGCCUUCUACUGCGAGCAGCAUAGUGGAUUGUUCGUCAGCCGGAUGGACCCGCUCUCGUGUGACAGGACGCGACGGCUGCUCGCCGGCCUUCCCAACGUCAUUCUGCUGGUACACACAUGCACAACACACAUACGGUUCCUUGGUGUUCCAUGCCUAUGGCUCUGUGUGUGCAGGAGAGUUCUCACGAGGAGUUGUAUCUGCUUAUGGCUGCGACGGGCAAGCCGAUCAGGGUGCGGGAGACAGUCGACAUUCUGUUCAAUCGGGAGGACAGUGAGUGGGGGGAGGCGGGUAUGCGGCACUUCCUGUACCCCAUCCACGUGUCGCGGACGUUCGUCUUCAUCCCCACUGCCGAGGCGUCCCUGUGGAUGCUCCUCAUGAGGCUCAUGAGUGGCCAAUACGAAGAGGUACGCACAAGGGGUGGUUGAAGGCUGGAAGAAACCACGCCCCAACCUUCUUCUUUGUUGCGCGUCUGCAGGUGUUCUCUCUCUCCGAGACGGCGUGUGUGGUUGACGGCACCCUCACCGACGCACAGCAGCUGCUCUGGGACGCCUUCAUGCACACCCUCACCGACCGCCCGCCGUUCCCCCACCCAGACAUACACGCCCUUCGCCUAAAGCUCCUCCUCAACGCUCGUGCGGCAGGCGCGCCGGCACGCCUUUUCGCCCCCAUCUCGGCAACCACCGACGUGCGCUCGUCCCUUCUGGCGUACGUCCGCAACGCGCGACACAUCAGUGCGGAGUGUCGGCUGACGGCGGAUGAGCAGUCGACGCUGUUUGCCUAUGUGGGUGCGUCCAUGGUGGGCGACAUCGAGCUCGUCAACCGCCGGUCGCUUCUAGACGCCGUCAAGCCACGGGUGCAUCGAUCGCUCUCUGGGGCGGGCAUGUCACUGGGAGGGGCCGUCAGGGAGGUACGCAGAAGGAGAAACACCCACUCGUUUGCCAUCUCUCGCUCACAGUUGGGUGUCUGUCGUCUCUCUGUGUCAGGUGGACAUCAAGUACCCAUCUCUCCCGGCCCUCCAUCCAUUCGACCGACCAUCACGCGGCGACGGGCAGCUCUCCCUGGGCUCAUGGCUCGACCAGGCCCUCGCCUCUGUGGGUUCCAUCGGCAUCAUCGAUCCCGCCCGACCGUCGGAGGGGCAGCACGAAGGGCCGGGUGCCAUCGAGUGGCUCGACGCUCUCAUGGGCAGCGGGGGCGCGGGGUGUGUCGGGCUGAGGCAUUUCUUUGUUUUCUAUGACCUCAUGACGUCCAGGCUCCCCGUGCGAAUCCUCCCGGAUGACUCCUCCCACAAGUUGGGUGGGCUGCUCCUGAGGUUCCUCCCACCCAGGUCAAUGACUGACAUGACACACCACAUGAGGACAAAAGGGCCUCAUUUUCUCGUCCGUGUCGCCGUGAGUGCAGGGAUUUCUCCGCCGACAGCGGGCUCACAUCGGUGCUCCGCGCCAUGGCCGCCGACCCGUCCUUCGCCAAAUCCAUGCCCAUCCGCAAGACGGAGGAAGACAACAAGGAUCCCGGCAGCGGCAGCAAAGCCAAGAAGGACACCCCCAUGGCGGCCAUAACGUCGUUCUUCAACGUGGGCGCCAAGAAGGAGCGGCUGCAAGCAUUCUUCGCCGACCUCAGGAGAGCCAUCGAGACGGCAGAGAGGCCGGCGAGUGACGAUGUGGCCGAGAUGAGUGCCUACGUGCCGCCUCGAAAGGUCUUCGUGAGGCCGUUCGACCACCCCAGCAACCGGUAGGUGGGGUGAUGGGAGGGGGCAGAACAGGCGUCACAGAUCUGCGUGUGCUUAUGUGGGCAGUGAGUUCUGGUACUGCUAUCGCGGCGGAGACAAUGCAUGUGGCGAGCGGGUGAUCGAGCCAUUCUCUGUCGACCACUCUGAUAACGGUGUGCAGAAUACCCAACAAAUACACACGCGUGUGCAUUUUUCUCCCUCUUUACCUCUAUCAGGUGCUUCUUACCACAUCGAUGCGGCCCUCCUGCAUGCCCUGUUCACCAAGCCGAUGGCACCCAUCGACCUGUCGGCGUAUGUCAACCACGUGACGCAGAGUCAGCUGGGCCACGACAAGGUGUCCGCUGUGAUGCCCUUCCACCUGUCCAAUCAUUCUGUGGCCAAGACGCCAGUGGCUGUGGAGAUGAGGAGACGACUCAAGGUGGAGAUGGAUGGGCCGGAGAGAUGACGAGCCGGAAAUGGCUCAUGCAUGUAUCAUGUUUGUUUGUACGUUUGCUGAACUUCAGGACGAUUUGUGUGUGUAUGCUGAUGGGGUGAACAAGGGCAUGACGCCCGUGCUGAUCGGCCUCAUGGAGACGGAGAUCCCAUCCACUCUCCAAAACGGUACAGCACACGACAUCACAUCACACCACACCACCCCAUCUCUCUACGCGUCUCUUCGUCUGCUUCGCACCAUCAGAGUUAGCCCUGACCAACGUGCUGCAGCGGCUGAAGACCCUCUAUCGGCAGCUGACGGCAAUGCGGCAACAAGACCAGAAAAGAGGUGUCGACCUGAUGCAGCGCGCCGUGCGGCUCGCCAACAGAUGCUGCGAGACAUCACGUGAAGAGGCCGGUGGCCCAGACGUGCGCAAACACGCCCUUGCGCUUGCCAAGAGCGGUGGCCACGAGCCCAGCCUGGCUUUUGACGCCCUGGUGGCCCUGCUUACCAGCCAGCAGGCCACAUCCACCCUGCAGUGCAUCAACCCCCUCCUCUCCCCCGAACAGCACACGCGGCUUCUCUCUCUCACUGCUGUGGCCCUGCUGCUCAUCAACCGCACCUCGCAAAGCGACAGGUGCCUCCGGUCCUGUGCUGGGCUCAUGCGGCUGCUCGCCAGCGACGGCACAGAUAGGAGUGUGGACGCAGUGCGGCUGAGGGCGGGCGAGCUGGUUGGGAACCUGUGUGCGGAGAGGCACUAUGGGUCGGUUAUGAGCGAGGGGGGCGGCGUGCGAUACGACCCCCGGCUGCUGGUGUUUGAGUUCGCGAGCACCUUCCUGCUGCGUGAGGCGCAGACGAUACUCAUUGACAAGUUUGUGGGGGCGGCAUCAGGUGGUCAGUCGCUGUGUCACCAGAUGAUCAUGGGAGCUGGAAAGGUAACAAGAACAGAGCACUCGGACACUAUGGGUGGGUGCGUGUGUGACACGUGUAUCCAUCCAUCCUUGAUGCAGACGACGGUCGUGGGCCCGCUACUGUCCCUGUUGCUGGGCAGCGACAGGUCGCUGAUUGUGCAGGUGGUGCCUCAUGCAUUGCUCGAGUUCACCCGCAGCGUCCUGCGGGAGCGAUUCAGUGCCAUGAUUCGCAAGCCGAUCCUCACCUUCCACUUCGACCGGUACGACACGGUGACUCCCGAGCUGCUGAUGCGGCUGCAGAAUACGCGAGAGAAUGGGGGUGUAAUGAUAUGUGACCCGACCUCACUCAAGGUGGGUGGGUGGGUGGGUGGGGGGAGGUGCUGGCGUGGCUGUACCAUGUGUGUCCUUUCAGAGUUUCAUGCUCAAGACGGUGGAGCUGCUGCUGUCGCUCGACCGACACGCAAAGGUAGGUCGGUGGGCAUCUGCCUUGAUCGCCAGUAUGUCAUGUGUUUGUCGGGUGUGUCGGUCUGUCAGGUGAAGCAGCAGCUGGCCAUGAUGCAGGAGGGCACCGACACCGACGACUCAUGGGGCCUCGGCAAACUCGCCGGCAGCGUCGAGGCGGGCAUCAGGAAGCUCGUCGGCAUGGGCAGCAAUGACGCGCUAAAAGAGGCCAAGAAAGGUCAGCUGCAUUCUAGCUGUUGAUGCACCAACAGCCGUCCUUUUCUCUUCGCGUGUGUUGUGUGUUUUCAGGUCUGUUGGCGGCUGUGUUUGGCGACGCUGAGCUGAGCGGUGUGCGUGACGAGGUGUCGCUGUGCUUCGACAUCCUGAUGCUCUUCCGCUCAUCCACGCUCAUACUCGACGAGGUCGACCUCAUCCUACACCCACUAAAGAGCGAGCUAAACUGGCCUAUCGGUAACACCGACAAUGCACAGAUGGUCUCCCCCACCUCACGUGUGUUGUGAGUGAGUAUGGUUGGUAGGUCUGAAGUACCCGCUGGAUUUCACCCGCCCCGACCCCUCACACAAGAAGGACAAGCGGGCCAGUGACGGUGUGAAUGCGCCGCUCGAGCUGGGUGUGAGGUGGCAGAUGCCGUGGCACCUGCUCGACGCCAUAGUCUUCUGCCAGACGGGCAAGAUGACCGUCAACUUCCAAGACAGCAGGUGAGUGACGACACCAUCAACACGCUGAUACAUGCCUGCAUACCCGUUUCUGUCUGUGGUGUGUGUUGGUCUCAGCGAGGCGCUCCGUCUGCUGCAGUCCAUCCGCGAGGCCAUCAGCCAUGCGGCCGAGGGCGGCCUGCUGCAGCGCACCCCCCACCUGAUCCUUCUCUCCACCUCAUUCUACCACGCCACUCUCAAGCCCCUCCUUGCCAAGUGGCUGUUCUUCUUCCUGCGUUCCAAGCGGCUGACGGGCAUCAACGACGAGACGGCCCUGAGGUACCUGACGGGGGCGGAGGGCGAGUUGACGCGUGACGAGGGGAUGAAGGCGACGCUCGAAAGGGGUCUGAGCGACUUCCACAUGAAGAUGCUCAACCUGGGGAGGGAGUGGCUGCACUCUCUCAUGCCACACGUACUCGCCAAAGUCAACCGAGUCAGGUCGGUCAGGGGGCGAAAUGAGGAGAGGGGCCGAGGGUAUCUCCUGCUCUGUCUGUGUGUCUUCAUCAGUUUCGGCUACCUUCGUCCAGCGGACAUUGUCCGUCUGCAGAAUGACCAGCCGCUGAUGCCCCGGUCUCGGCGGCUGCUGGCAGUGCCGUUUGUGGGCAAGGACGUGCCCAGCCGCGCGAGUGAGUUCUCUCACCCCGAUGUGGUCAUUGGCCUCACCAUUCUCGCCUACCGCCUCGACGGCCUGCGGAUGGACGAUUUCCGCCAGGUACGCAACAGAACCACACACCUGACUCCCUCAUGUCACUGUCGUUUCGUGUUUUCUCAGACGAUGAGCGGCCUCAAGCAGACGCUCGAGCAGCAGGUGGGCCCUGUCGACAAGCGCCCUGCGUCACUUAAGUUCAACAAGUGGGUGGACAAGGCAGGAGGCCGCGUGAGGGGCAGCAAGCCGUCGUCAGCGACACAGGGGCUCCCCCCAACAGCCCCCGCCACCGCCCCAAUCCCUGCCAGCGCCACGUUGGAUUUCGACCCGAUGCGUGUGUGGCCGCUGGCGUUGAUCGACCUGGGAGAUACGGAGCAAAUGGACGCGUUGUAUGGGCUGCUGCAGCACGAGAGCAGCGUCAUCUGGGGGUACCUGCACGAGUACGUCUUCCCCGUGUGUUUGGAGCACACCACACUCCAGCUGAGUGCUUGUGGGCAAGAUUUGGGCGGUUCGAACCUGUUCGGCACACGGCUGGGCUUCUCAGGUAUCUAUGGCACACCCGCUCUGUGCUUGCUUGAUUCAGACACGUGUGUGUGUGUGUGUGUGUAGGCACGCCAUCCAAUUUGAUCCCUCGCGAGCUGGGACUGUGUCAGUACGAGCAGGGGACGGACGGUAAGUGACAGGAGAAGAGACGGACUCAGUCAGCUGGGAAUCUUGUCGGUCAGGUAAGAUCCUCACGCUGCUGACCUCACCCCGGGUGGUAACCCACACGACCCUCGAGCAGGGAUGGGGUGUGGCGGCCAUUCUCAAGCGAGUGGCCAACGGGGGAUUCCACGCGCUCAUCGACACAGGUACACAGCACAACUAUACAUAGAGGAAGCAUGGACAUGCUGUGUGCCGUGUGAUGUGCCUGCAGGUGCGCUGAUAACGGGUCUGUCCAAUUUGGAGGUGGCUCGCCGUCUGCUGGCUGCCGGGCUGAAAGGGCACGAUGGUGUGGUGUUCCUGGACAGCCAGGACCGGCAGAUGGUGCUUAUGAGAGAAGGAGGCAAAGUACUUCCUCUCGCCCAGUGCGGCCUCUCGUGGGACAAGCGUUUCACCUUCUACGAUCAAGUACGCCGGGAUGCAUGGUCCAUCCAUCCAUUUGCUCGCUUCUCAUGUUUCUUUCUGUGCCAUCAGAUCCACACGACCGGCAUGGACAUCAAGCAGGCCAUCUCUGCUCGUGCCGCUCUCACUAUCGGCAAAGACAUGACGCUGCGGGACUACAGCCAGGGGGCCUUCCGCAUGCGCGGCAUCGGCAAUGGCCAGACCCUCCAGGUACUCAUCCCGCCAGAGGUCGCUCGCCUCAUCGCCGAAGCAGCAUCCAUCGACCCCCCAUCCCUCGCCACCCUCUCGGCUGCUGACGUGCUCUCCCACACAGCGGGUUGGCUGACGCUGCAGAGCAUGCGCAGCGAGAAGAUGCAGUUCGACCUCCUGUGCGAGCAGGACCUCUGCAACGUGUGGCGGCGACGGGCGUUCGAGCUCCUGCGCGAGGGCCACGACCAGGUGGGGAGCAGCGCGUCCCUCCUCUCUCGUGAUAAGGCCCCCCACCCCCUGGCCCUCGCCGUCGACACUUUUCGCGACCGAAUUGACUUCACCGUCCCCAACACUGUGGAGGCGAGUGAGGGUCUUGGCGAGAAGCUGCGAGACCUGAUGCAGGAGAACGACAGGAUUCUCACCGAUGAGGACCGCCAGACGUGUGGCCUUGUGCUGCGGCGGAUGGAGGGGGGCGGGGAGGGGGCGGGGAGGAUGGGCGGGGUCAUGUACACGUCAGAGCUGGUCCAGCAGCAGGAGGAAGAGCAAGAGAAGGAGCAGGAACAGGAGCAGGUGGGCAGGCGGGCGGGCGAAUGGGGCACAUAUAUUGACGCGGUUCUUUCAUCCAUCGAUUGUGUCGUUUUGUGGUGUGUGUCGGUUGGUCAUCGCUGCAGGAGCAGGAGGAAGAGAAGGAGAAGGAAGAAGAGAAGAUGACCGAGCCAGAGGUGGCGCUGCCUCUCAAGUACUCACGAGACGACGAAAACCCCAUCCCCUGGCCCAUCACCGCGCUGUCACACCCACCGGCCCACAGUGGUGCGCCACCCUUCUACCCGCUUUCAGAGUUUGCCGUGCUCGUGAAACUUCUCCAGAAGCCGAAGCCGCUGGACUUCCCACACCAUCUGUCCCUCUCACAGGUGGGCACAACACGCGACCACACACCAUUGCAGCUGGCCGCAUCUCUGUCCAUGUGUGGCUGUGCUUUGCAUGUGUGUGUAUCAGAACCACUAUCGUCAGAAGUGGUCUCUGCAGACCUUCCGCCGGCUGAAGAACGUGCUGGUGGUACUCGAGUGGAUCCCAGACACUACCAAGCUGGGCAGCGAUGUGGACAGAGAUGAGGGGCAGAACGAGCUGACGGACGAGCAGGAGGAUCGACUUCGGAAGGCCUUCGAGCUCUUCGACACUGACAACGAUCGCACCAUCGAUAGGGGGGAGCUGGUGCCGCUCCUUCGCGCCAUGGAGAUGGAGGCAAGGAGCGCACAAACACGAGAGAGGAAGCCACCGUGCAUUCAUUCAGGUACAUACAUGCCUGGCCGCUUCAUGUGUGCAGGUGGACGACUCUAUGGGGACAGAGAUAGUGCAGCUGAUCAAGAGCCGCCUGGCCACCGACGGUCAGUCCCCCACCUCCGUCACUUCACUCUCGUUCGACGAGAUCCGCACCGCACUCGCCGACAGACGACUCCUCACAGCACAGGAGGGCCGGCAUUUUGUCGUCCUCUCUCUCGCCGAGGCCCAGACGAUUCGUGUGGCCCUGCACGCCACCAAUGGCCGCAUGCCAGACGGCAAUGUGGCCUUCGCCCUACGGGCAUUGCCAUGUGGGUUUGUGGCUUUCGACUCGAGUAGCGGAUUCGGCGAUUGGAAGCGUGGUGCCAAGGCCCUGGUGAAGUACCAAGAGGAGAGCGCGGCUCAGUGCUGUCGGUUCGUCAACUCGGAGCACUUCUACACGCCGAAGCAGCUGGCCAUCCUGUUGCGGGCGCUCCAGCCCAACGACUGCAAAGCCCGACAGACAUUCUUCCUGGAGGUGAGUACAGCAUCACAGUACCCACCAAACCAAAGCUUUUUGUUCUCAUCUUUCCUUCUCUUAUCAGGUCCGUCGCUGCCGGCGUCGUGCGCAGCUGCCGUGGGAAGACACACCUCUCGCACAGCUGUUUGCCACGGCAGACGACUUUGCCGCUUUGAAGCUGAAGGCCGUGGGUGCGCGUGUGCGGCAGCGGCUGUACGAGAGGGGCAUGAGCCUCGCCGACGCAUUCAUGGCCUUCGACCACAACAGAGACGGUGGGGAAGAGGGAGAAGGGGAAGGGGAGACGGCAAGGUUUGGGUGUGGACUGUAUGUACUGUGUGCUGGCUGUGGUGUGGUGUGGAUGUAUUGUGUAGGUGUGUUGAGUGGGGCCGAGCUGUAUGGUGGGCUCAAGUGGCUGGGCGUGCCGCUCACGCCCGAGGAGGUGCGGGACGUCAUCACCUUCGUCGAUCACGACGCCAACGGAUUCAUUCAACAGGUGACAACAAAAGGCAACAACAAACAUCACUUGGCGCAUCCAUCCAUCCAUUCUCCAUCCUUGCAAUAUGUAGGCUGAGCUUCUGGAUGCCUUCGGCGUCUCGUCCUCCUAUCUCCUCACCGACGAGACCUCCAGCACCACCCUCCCGUCGCCCACUCUCCGUGUUGAGCACGCACAAGCAGCAGCGCUACGCCCUGCUGCACUUCCCCGCCCUCCCGCCUCCCCCGCCGCGACCCACCAGAUCAUCCCGGUGGCGGUGCCCGGCAUCCAUGAGGCCCUCGGCGCCUCCCACGACCCAGCACAAGUCAUCGACAGCGGCUUGCGGCGCCUGCAGGCCGCACUGGUCGAUCGGCUGGAGUUUUCCAUCGAACGCCACGACAGCUUCCACAAGGUGUGGACGAGUGAGGGCUCGACCAUGAUGAUGCCGACCGCCUUGUCGCUGUGGGAGCCUGACGAGCUCAAGGGGAGGCGAGUGGAGCUGAGAAAGAACCGACUGCGGCUGUGUGUGGGGCACUAUGCGUCGACACAGAAGGCGCUGGUUGUCGAGGCGCAUGAUUUGGGCAUCACUGUCUUCAACAAGCCGCGUGAGAUGACCGCCGCGCUGGAACUCAUUUGCCCUCAAGUCAUCCGAUUCAAACAGGUCCGUCCACCAAUCUUGAUCGACAUGCAGACGUGACGUACGUGUACGGAUGUCACGGUGCCUUCUGUGCGCGAGUGUCAUGCAGGUGUGGGCCAAUGAGCGAGGCUCUCAUCCCCUUUAUGUGUGGCGGGGGGUGCCGCCCUCUGAUGACUUUGUAACUCUGGGGCUGAUGGUGACCAGCAAGAGAACACCCCCAAAGCGGAGCCACCAGAGAUGCAUACCCAGAAAAUGGGUACGUCCACAGACACCUAUAAUCCGAUCAAGCAGUCUGUCUGUCUGUCUGUAUGCUUCUCUGUGUGCUGUGUGAUGUGUGUGCAGGUGCGUGUGCUGGACAGUGACAAGGUGUCAGCUGCGGCAGAGAGGCUGCUGGACAGCGAGAGUAUCGGGGCUGGCGCACGGCCCGGGUGCCUCUGGAGUGUCCCCCCGUAUGGCCUCCUGGCCUUCACAGAGCAGGAGGGGGAGGAGUUCUCCCAGCCUGCUUUCGCGCUGCCGAUGGCCUUCAAGCUGAAAAGUGCCGACAAGGCACAUGGCGGCGACGCCAUCCCAGAUGUGAUUGUCAGUGAGUGACUGACCAACCAAGUGAUCUGAUUGAUGAGUCUGUGUGUCCACGUGGUGUGAGGUGAGUGGCCUUUUGUGUACCUCGAGGAAGGGUGUGGUGUGUUGUGUCCACAUGGAAUACCAUCAAAUUCCCUGAGGGGAAGGGGAGGGGCCUGGCUGCCAGUGGCUGGUAUCUUUGCGCAGUGCAUUUAUUCAUUUUGUGUUGUCGAUCAGCAGUGUCGUGGAGCGAUUGAGUGGUAGUGUUUCGGUCCUGUGUGCGUGGAGGCUAGGUGGAGGCAAAGCCGUACAGCUACAGUGCUGUGCCUUUCUGGCCAGCGGCAUCUUACAUGUACCUCUCCCUUCAAGAUGGACAUGAAUCGUAUUCCAUGACAGAACAAAAAGAUCCGAGCGCAAGGGACAUGUGUGUCAUC